AGCUGAUUUUCCUGUGUCUUUAAAUGUCCUGCCAUUAUUCUUCAACAAGCAGCAGCUAGGUUCGAUGUUUUUUUUGACAGAAAGAAACCCUCGAACAUUGGAUACAAUUAACCAUUGGGAUGCGUAGCUAAAUCUUUUAAGUACUUGUUUUAUACCGGCACGGUCUUCGAAACUGUGAGGUUAUUAGUAAGAUUAAGGGUAGAGAUAUCGCUGUUUGUCUUUUCUGUUCCCACAGUUCCGCUUUUCUGCCGCAGUCCGAUAUUUUCAGCUAUCCUUAGCUAGCUUUUUUGAUUUUUGCCAGGUAACUAGCUAGCUAAUAAGUUAACUUUACCUUUCUGUCAAUGUUUCCGUAAUGAGCUUCUUCACUCAAACUUAAUCGUUAGUGAAGUAUAUGUUUUCUUCAAGAAACCAACCUUGUAAAUUGCCACAACACAACCCAUAAGUAACGUUAGCUAGCUAACUUAGCUCCUUGCUAGCUAGCAAUGUUACUAGUUACAUAUAUUGACCGGCAGUAGCAGAGGGUUUUGAGUAAAAAAUAACAAAUCCGUUAAGGUUAAAGCAACGAGUUUAGAGCCAUCUAAUUAAUGUGUUUGUGACUGUUAAUAGCCAGCUAACUAAGGUCGUGUUGGCAAGCUACUGAAGCUAGCUGGCCAAUUAGCUAAUUUCUAGCCAAAUGCUAGCUAAAUAGCUACUGUCUGACAGUGAGUGUAUUAUUGGCAGACAGUGGUUGAUUUGCCAGAUAAGCUUGUCACCUUGCUACCUACUAGCCGCCAUCGUUCGCAGAUCUCACAUGAACGGGAAAAUCUAGCAACCAAUUUGUUUUACGUUGGUCAGCGCGCUUGAGUAGGUGCUACACUGUGGAAAGCAGAGAAGGAAAGCGGGGUGAGAGUAGUGAAACGCACACAGUGCUCUGUGCCAGGGGUUUGGCCCCGUCUCAACCAGCGAAGCGCAAUACACUCUGUUCUGUUCAGAGCGGCUUCAGAACCAUGACAACUCAACGGGAUCUCGAUAUGGUGAAUCUGCGUCUUAUCCUGGUCAGUGGGAAGACACAAGACUUCAUCUUCUCCCCCAAUGACUCGGCCAUGGACAUCGCCAAGCACGUCUUUGAUAACUGGCCCUUGGGAUGGGAGGAGGAGCAGGUGGGCAGCGCCAGCAUCCUACGCCUCAUCUUCCAGGGACGCUUCCUGCAUGCCAGCGUCACCCUGGGAGCUUUAAAGCUGCCCCCUGGCCGAACAACUGUCAUGCACUUGGUUGCCAGAGAGACCCUGCCAGAGCCUAACUCCCAUGGUCAGCGUAACCGGGAGAAAGCCACAGAGACCAACUGCUGUCUGCUCUUGUAAAAACAACAACGAACAACAAUCCUCUCCCUCCUUCCACGCCCCUCCCCCACGUUCAUCCUCUGCUUGGCUUCUGUCUGCCCGUCAUCCCUGGAUUUGGGGAGAUCACAGGAAGAUGUGUCACAGAGCUGUCAGCGGGUGGUCUGUCACACAUUUUUGUUGCACUCUGGUCCAAUCGGUGGCUUAGGAAUUAUGUAUUUUAUUCAAAUCGAUUUUCUCUCGUUCACCUUUUUGCCAAAUUCUGCCUUUCUUCUCUCUGUUGUAAAAUCAUGUUAAGAAUUUGUACAUAUAAUCUCUGUGGUUACCCAGGAGGAGCUAUCCUGGGUGGGAGGGGGAAUAUACAGGUUUUGAAGACUCACCUUACAAAGAAACACUAACAAACUAUGACUUUGGAACUUUGACCCGUACUGUUCAUACAGUGGUUUGCAUUGCCCUUGAAGACUCGGCUUACAGUUUGCUCCAUGUAUCUUUCUGCUAAUGAAAUGGGAGUUCCCACGGGUCUUGCACUUAACUGGGUUGUUUAUUUGAAAGUGUGUCUUUGAAAGUUUUUAUGUAUGGUCUUAAUCUCCCCUUCCCGUCUCAGAGGAAGAGAGUAAUAUCCUACUGUUAGACAAAGUGCUGUCCCCGACGUAGACUGUGUACAGUAGUUGCCUCCUACUAGCGGGGAGUGUUUAGUCUGCCUUGCACCAGUGGACUGGAGUGGUGCGUCUCUCUGUGCCAUGGGCCACAGGUGUUUGUUCCUGGACUUGGACCAACACCAAGGAAGAGUUCAAAGUUGUAAAGGGACAGCUGUCAACACCGGAGUGUAUGUGUGUGACGUUGUGUUGGAUCACCUCCUAGAGGAUGAACUGGUCUAGCUAGAAGAAGAAUCUAAACUAACUCCUACACGUCCUCCCCCUGGUUGUGAAGCCUUGCUUUUUACAUUUUCUUUUAAAAACCGAGUGAAAAUAUUUGAAGGAGUGCUUCUGAGUGACCAUUUUGUGUCAUUCUGUAUGGCUUACGUCUCUGACCGUUUAGACUAUACUACAUCCAGUCUCAUGAGGAAGCCCCCUAUCCUCUCCACUCCCCGUCUGACCUGAGUGAGGAGUAAGGGAAUGGACACCAGGAGCCAGUCAACAGAGUGAGGUGGUGGUGGGAGGGUUUCAUGGCCUCCUACAGGACAUUAGGUAUAGAGGCAUGGGAGGGAGCAAGUCCUUGGAGAGGGUACCCUCUGGGAAAUGAUGGCGGUGGUAUUUUACCAAUUUUUUUGUUUGGAUGCUGUCGGAUUUUGUUUGUCUUUGAUUGUGGAAUUAUUCCGUAAUCGUUAAUAUUGCAAUUUAAAAAUGAUUUUUUAAAGUCUUGUAUUGUUUGCUCAGGUUUAAUUGUCUGGGGUUGAUUGUCCCAGGGGUUGGUAUGUAUAUGUCUGGGAAUGCAUAUGAAUUUUAGAUGAUCAUGUUCUGUGUGUGAGUGGUCGGCUGGGGAAAUGUCUGUGUGUUGAGACAGUAUGGCUGCGUUUACACAGGCAGCCCAAUUCUGAUAUUUUUUUUUCACUGAUUGGUUAUUGGUUUUGUACUGAUAAGAUCUGAUGUGAAAGGUCAAAGACCAAUUAUUGGAAAAAAAAUCUUAGAAUUGGGCUGCCUGUGUAAACGCAGCCUCAGUGUGUUUGAGAGGGAGUGUGAGUAAUGGGUGUUUGUGAGGUGUGUGUGUGUGUGUGCAUGCGCCUAAAUACUGAGCGAGUGUGUGAGAACUGGGGGAUAGCUAUGCAGGUGAUUGAGUAGGAGGGCAGAUUGGUCUUGGCUGGCUGUGGUUUCCAUGGAAACAGUGUGGCUCCUUCCUUUGAGUCGUUUGGUUAGUGUUUAUGUCAACCAAUGUCACUGCUAUGAAAUUAGGUCAAUAUGAAUAUAUGUAUAAAAUAAAAAUAAUAAUGUGGUCUGCUUGACGAUAUUAUAAAUUAAUAAACAUCUUUAAAUAUA